CGCCCUGAUUCAGGUAACCUUACAUUUUAUAUUACAGGUUAUUUUUACAAUUUCUACCAAUUAUCUAAACACAAAUGAUAUUUUAUUUGAACGCAACUUAAUCGCAAUGAAUGUAUACAGACUCAGUUCCGUCUUAAGACAAGCAAAGAGUCUACAAAAUGGGUUGAAAUCAUAUACAAAAGCACCUGUUCUCACCCACGCAAAUCAUAUUAACGUUAGUCAAAGAUAUGUAUCCACGGUUGAUGCUAAAACAGUGGAAAAGGAAGACGGACUUCUUCAAAAGGCAUUUAAAAAAAUAAAAUUUGCAGCCUUUGACAAAGUUAAAAUCAAAGGAACAGCCUUUUUCUUAUAUGAAGGCAUUGCUGAUAAGAUCAACUAUGCUCAAUUCUUUGAUGAGUUUGAUUUACCAGACACAUUUUACUCAUGGUUUGUUGUGACAGAGCUUCACAUUUGGAUGCUCUCAGUCAGGGUAAUGGCUGAAGAUUUAGAAGGAAGACACCUAAGAAAUUGUUUGGUGGAAGCUUUGUGGACAGAUGUAGCACAGCGUGUUAAAAAAAUUGGGGGUUUAAGAAUGGAAGAAACUAGAGAACAAAUUUUUGAGUUGUCAGAACAGUUACAGGCAGCUUUAAUAGCUUAUGAUGAAGGGCUUCAAUCAAGUGAUAUUGUCUUAGCUGGUGCACUUUGGAGAAGAAUUUAUCAGCAAGGACCUGUUAAUGUUACAGAUUUAGAAGCUUUAGUUAAAUAUAUUAGAAAACAGAUCACAUUGUUAGACAAUUCUUCAAGAGAUCAGAUGUUUGUAAAGAAACAAAUUGACUGGGCACCUCUAUCAUAAUUGUUUUAUUUUAUGUGUAUUGUAAAUAUCUACAGUUUUAGAUAUAAAGUUUAUGUUAAGUUAAAAAUAAAAGACUGUUAGAAA